AUGAGCUCGAGUAUGCAGGAAGGGAUGACAAGCAGUUUAGCUCAAGGAUCCUCUCGAGGGAGCGUCGUGGCCGCCGGGGCGUCCUUCAGGGUGUACUACAGCCUCGGCGCCGGCACCGUGCCGUUCGUCUGGGAGACCAAGCCCGGCACGCCCAAGCGCCCCAUCGACCAUGUCGCUGGCACCGACGACGCGCUACCGCCGAUCACACCACCGCCGUUGUACCAGUCCAAGACCAUGAGGAGGUGCCCGAGCACAAGGAAGUCAUCUUCUUGCUGGCCUCCCCGGAUGACGAGCUGGCUAAACAUCAGGACCCGACGUCGUCGUCCAAUCGCGACACCCGGCUUCCACCAGACCGCGGCGUCGAUGAUCAACGGCUACGGUAGCGGAUUGCCAUCCUUGGGUGCUUCUGAGCCCGGCAUGGACAAUUAG